AGGCGAGGGGGGACAUUGACAAGAUAGAGAAAGCAUAUAUAUGUCCAGCAAUACAGAGGGAUCCAAUCCAUAUAUCUACCAAACAACAGAGCAAGAUCAUUUGUCCUGCCUGGCUCUUUUUCUCUGGAUGCUCCGGAAUCAACAACUCAAGAUAUGCUAGCUGCAGAGAGGCAUCAUCAUCAUAUAGUAGCACCAGAUAUUUGAGGAGGGUAUAUAGCUUUUCUCUACCAUCUGCAGUCAGCAGCAGGGAUAGGGAGGAUUAAUGGAUCGACAUAUGGAGGACUCAAGCACCUUCCUCCAGUGGGCAAUGAACCAGCUGCACCAUCAGCACCCCUCUGCCGCCGCAGCCGCCGCCGCAGCUUCUGCAUACCACGACGGCGCUGGUGCCGGAGAUCGGGAAGCUAUCUUCCCGUCGCUCCAUGCGCUCCGCAGAGGAGCCGGCCAGACCCAGUCGUCCCAGCAGCCCGUCGCCGCCAGCGUCCGAGUCCGCGACCUGACAGUGCAGGUGGACCACUUGACCAACAGUUCUAGCUCCGGAGACAGCCCGGGCGCAGGCGAUGCCAUGGACCACGACGCGGCCGCCGGCUGGUCCCCCCACACCGCCCGCUCCAGGACUACCGGCCUUGGCGGCGGCGGCGGCGGCGGCAACAACUGGCCAGUGAGCUGGAACUUCAGCGCCGCGUCGGCGCAGCCAACACGCGAGAGCGGCGGCGGCGGCGCGCUGCCAGACGCCGCGGUGGCCGCGAGGGUGGUGCAACUCGCAUCUGCGGGGAGGAGAGGGAGCAGCAGCGCGGCACCCCCUGCUGCUACGGCGGCGGCAUCAUCGUCGCCGGGGCCUGUGCAGGACCACAUCAUCGCGGAGCGGCGGCGGAGGGAGAAGAUCAACCAGCGGUUCAUCGAGCUCUCCACCGUCAUCCCCGGGCUCAAGAAGAUGGACAAGGCAACCAUUCUUGGGGACGCGGUGAAGUACGUGAGGGAGCUGCAGGAGAAGGUGAAGACCCUCGAGGAGGACGGUGCCCACAGCGCCGGUGGCAGCAGCAUCCAGUCGGCGGUGCUCGUGAAGAAGCCGUGCCACCACCUACCCGGCGAUGAGGCCAUGGCGAGCAGCAAUGGUGGCGGCGCCGGCGGUGUACAGCUGCCGGAGAUCGAGGCACGGCUGUCGGAGAAGAGCGUGCUGCUGCGGAUCCACUGCUACAACGCGAGGGGGCUGCUGGUGAGGGUGAUAUCGGAGGUGGAGCAGAUGCACCUCUCCAUCACCCACACAAACGUCAUGCCCUUCCCCGCCUCCACCGCCAUCAUCACCAUCACAGCCAAGGUGGAGGAGGGGUUCACUGCCACAGUAGAUGAGAUCGUGAGAAGUAUUAACUCAGUGCUGCACCAACAUUACAGCAGCAGUUCUGAAGAAAAAGAGGAUACAAAAGUAGACUACUGCUAGCCCUAGCUUACUUACUGGGGGGAAACUAAGAAGAGGGUCACAGCAGCUAGCCAUGCCAUCCUUGUGGUGAAGGACAUCUAAUAAUAAUUGAUAAGCACGCAAGAUUCUUCAUCUGGUGAUAUAAACAGCUGAUCGAUCGAGAGAUGAUCAAAUACAAACUCAUGGUAUGGAAUUAUUCUGGGCAUGCAACAUGUAGGCUUAACACAUCACAUUCAUCAGGUAAACUAUGACCAGAAGAUGACAUGCAUUGUCAGCUUUUUGAUCAAUUACGAGGAUUUCUGAACCACAAGUUGCAAGUUUUGGGCGAGACGUCGAGUCGCACUUCAUGCAGUUGCUCAAUCAAAAUCACUGAUGAGAGAAUCAAAAUGACAUUUUGCUUCAUGUCCAAUGAGACAUAUGUUGUUUAAUAUUGCUUUUGCAAGUUGCAAUGUUUUGCAUCA